AUGGAGGUGUUCAAGCAGGCGGGCUUCAAAGUCACAAAGGGCGAUGCGUGGAGCGUGCUGUGGGGCCGGCCGGCGGAGCUGCUCACAGAGGAUGUGCUGCGUGCGCUGGGCCCCUUCCAGCGCAUCAACCAUUUCCCGGGUACGUGGGAGCUGGGGCGCAAGGACAGCCUGUACCGCAACGUGGCAGCUGCGCGGCGGCUCAAGGGUGCCGCAUUUGACUUCAUUCCCAAGUACUUUCUCCUGCCUGGCGACGCCGGCGCGUUCCAGUCUGAGCUGGAGCAUUACCCAGGCAAGUACGACUUUGAGGACCUGUGGGCGCGGUCAGCCCGCCAACCGCGUGGCAGCUGUCACCCUCCUGAGCGCUUCACCUCGGACACCGGCCGCUGCCACUCGCGACGCGUGGCAUACAUACUCAAGCCAGUGGCGUCGUCGCGCGGUCGUGGCGUCCGCGUGGUCGCCGACCCGCGAUCGCUAGACCUCACAGCCCUGGAGGAAUGCCUGCUGCAGCGGUACAUCACAGACCCCUUCCUCAUUGAUGGCUACAAGUUUGACCUGCGCGUCUACGUUGCAGUGACAAGCCUUGAUCCAUUGCGUGUUUAUGUGCACGAAGAAGGCCUGGUGCGGUUUGCCACCCAGCGGUACAGCAGCAGCAGCGCCUCGUACCGCCAGCGCCGCCGCCACCUCACCAAUUACGCCGUCAACAAGGGCCACGCGGGCGGCGCCACCGCCGACGGCGGCGCGGCUGCGCAGCACGGUAUCAGUGGUGAUGGAGAGGGCGAGCUAGACGCGACAGUCGGCAGCGGCGGCGGCCAGGGAGGGGACGAAGGGCGGGGAGGGGCGAGGCAUUGCCCCAAGUGGAGCCUGGCCAUGCUUCGGCGGCACUUGGAGGCGCGAGGCCAUGAUUGGGGUCACGUGUGGGAGCAGGUCAAAGACAUCGCUGCGAAGACCUUGAUCGCCGCGGAGCCACGCAUGGGCGCCUGCACGCGCGCUGCCGUGCGACACCGCAACUGCUGCUUCGAGCUGUUUGGCCUGGACGUGAUGCUGGACUCCUCCCUGAGGGCGUGGCUUCUGGAGGUCAACACGACACCCUCGCUGGCGGUGGACUCACCCCUAGACGAACGCGUGAAGGGCUCUGUCGUCGCAGACCUGAUGUGA